AUGCGUCAUGCCGGUUUCUUAUCAUACCUUGACGUGUACAACCGAAUGACUUAGUUAUGGUCGCUGAUUAGCAUAUCAGGCUCGUGUCAAGUGCAGCGUGUGCGGCCUACUAGUAGCCGGCUGGCUACGUCAGCCCACACUACUACGCGGCGUGUUCUGCCAACAUGUAAGCGCUUACGAUGACCUGAAGGGAUACUUAAACCCCAGCACAGCAGUAGCAUUCAAGACAACCCUUUGACCGACCUUUAACCGCGUUCAAUCAUGAAGCUUGUUCUAACAGGUGUCACUGGUGCUGCUGGUAUCCAAAUCUUUCGUCAAGCAGUAUUAGAUACAACCAUCGCGAAGAUCACGGUACUCUCUCGUAGAGCACUCCCAUCAUGGAUGGAUAUUCCCGAAAACGACAAGACAGAAGUCAUAGUUCUGAAAGACUUCUUGGAUUACCCUAGUGAUCUUCCUGCUCGUCUGGCAGAGCACGACGCCUGCGUUUGGGCACUGGGGAAGAGCUCGGUAGGCCUGUCAGACGAAGAAUACACGCGCAUCACAUACGACUACACCAUGCACUUCGUGAAUUCCCUGCAAGAAGCAAGGACGAAGGACAAAACGGGAGAGCCGUUCAGAUUCGUUUUCAUUUCAGGAGAGGGCGCAGAUCCAUCUGGAAAAAGCAACCUCAAGUUCGCGAGAAUUAAGGGCAUGACUGAAAAAGCUCUCUUUGAUCUCCCUCCGUCCUCCAACGUCAAAGCAUCUGUCAUGCGACCUGCUUACUUCUUUCCCUCCAAAGAUCACCCAUCAGACCGAGAUAACAUUCGUUCAUCAACAGCAAGGGCUAUGGAUUGCCUCAUGACGCCCAUCAUGAAGACUAUCUUGCCCUCCAUGUAUACACCGAUCGAGGACCUCGGGCUUUUCGCCGUAGAGGCAGCCAAGGGCCGAUGGUCAGAUGAAAAGUUAUUUCCAAACUCAAAAAUGAGGGAGUUGAUCAAGGCGUCGCGCACUCUAGAGAACCAGCAGUGAACAACGCUGGCAUUUAGAAGACUACAUUCAUAUCAUGUCCCAUACUGCAUAUGAUUACAUGGCUGGAGUUUCCUAUAGUACACUAAUGUACAUAAUGGUAUACAUCGAGAACCUCGAAAUUUCGAGUGUCAUUGGCGAGUAUGACAUGUAUCCUGUUGAUCAACUCAGAAGCCGAACCAACGUCUAGCGCUCUGCUCAGUCGCAAGUCUCUUAGCCU